AUGGACAACAAACUGCUUGAGGACCACCUGCUUGAGCGCCGGAUCUACGAGCGACUUGGGAAGCACGACCGCAUAUGCGAGUUGAAAUAUCCAGUCCGCCGCGGUCUCGUUCUGGAGAGGCUGGUCCAAAACUUGAGGGAGCGGCUCAGGGGCGUUCCAAAUAGCAGCGACAGUGGCAGUGGCAGUUCGCCUUCCAGAGACGAGAUGUUGAGAUGGUCGAUUCAGGCUGCGGAGGGGGCUGCUUACAUACAUGAGAAGGGUGUAAUCCAAGCCGACUUGACCUGUAUAAAUCUGCUUUUGGACAGGGAUGGCAAUCUCAAGUUCUGCGACUUCGCUGGCUCCUCCAUCGACGGCUCUACCGCGCUAGUAAUGCCUGACACGGACUUCGAACGCCCAGAUAUGGACUACAAGGUACCGAGCAUCCAGGAUGAUCUGUUUCAGCUGGGAAGCGUCAUCUAUGAGAUCUGGACGGGCAACGCGCCCUCUCGCAGAGGAGAUCAGCAAUGGCCAGAUUUAGCCAGCAUUCCUCCUGCAAGUACCAUCAUGAAGUGCUGGCGCGGCCACUAUCAAUCGGCUGCGGAGACUAUGCUGGAACUCGAAGCACAGGCUGUUUCCAUGCAAUGA